GGGUAGGUGGGUUCAGACCGAGGGGACUACGGGUCGGCGCUGGGCUCAGGGGGUCGAAACAAAGGACUAUCCGGUAGGGGACUCGGCGCGGCACCUUCGGACGGCUCGCCGAGCCGGAUUGAGGCUGUGGACUCUCCGCGGCCCUCGCCACGCCGUCUCAGUCGGCUUCUCCUCGGUCUCCCACAGGCAGCGUCGCGGUGGGGGACCCGGCGCAGCGGCACCUGCUGCUGAGGGACCCCGCGGCCCGUCGAGGUGCUCAUGAUGGGGCUGAUCUUCGCUAAACUGUGGAGCCUCUUCUGUAACCAAGAACACAAAGUAAUUAUAGUGGGACUGGAUAAUGCUGGGAAAACCACCAUUCUUUAUCAAUUUUUAAUGAAUGAAGUGGUUCAUACAUCUCCAACCAUUGGAAGCAAUGUUGAAGAAAUAGUUGUGAAAAAUACUCAUUUUCUCAUGUGGGAUAUUGGUGGUCAAGAGUCACUACGGUCAUCCUGGAACACGUAUUACUCAAACACAGAGUUCAUCAUUCUUGUUGUUGAUAGCAUUGACAGGGAACGACUAGCUAUUACGAAAGAAGAACUAUACAGAAUGUUGGCUCAUGAGGAUUUACGGAAGGCUGCAGUCCUUAUUUUUGCAAAUAAACAGGAUAUGAAAGGGUGUAUGACAGCAGCUGAAAUCUCUAAAUACCUCACCCUUAGUUCAAUUAAGGAUCAUCCAUGGCACAUUCAGUCCUGCUGUGCUUUAACAGGAGAAGGGUUAUGCCAAGGUCUAGAGUGGAUGACCUCCCGGAUUGGUGUGAGAUAACUUUUUUGCUCGAAAGAGACUACUCUAUUUAUUCUGUGACAUGAACAUUUUUUCCUAGACCUUGGGCUGCUAAGGCAGCAGCAUGCUUAAUUUAUAACAACACAAACCUCUAUGAGCAACACUUGAAUCAAGUGCAGCUGAACUGGAACACAAAAGAUUUUUUCUUAACUUUUUUUUAAGGCACUAAUCUUCAGUUGGAUGAACAUAAUGUAUAACUAUGUUUUCAGUAACAGAAUUCUUCUGACUGCUUAUUCUAAUUAUUCAGUGACUGCCUUGUAAGAAAUGUCUGUCAUAUGUUUAAUGUUUUCUGAAGUAUUGUAAUAACUUUAAAGACCAGUGUAUUUUAUUUCUUGAUCACCCCCUGUUCACACCAGAUAAUGAAUUGCCUGUUUUGACUGAGUAUAGUGGAAAUCAUCAGGUAUUGUCGGUGAAUUUACCCAGUGUAGAUUUGCUUACUCUCUAAACCACUUCUAGGAAAAAAAAAAAAAUCGGCCUAGAAGAUUAAAUAUCAUGAGAACUGCCUUUAAGUGAGUUAACUUCCUCCACAUAUUAAAAGUUAUGAAAUAAUUUUACAUUAGUGCUUGCAUGGAAUUUAAGUAGGCUGUUUAUGUAAAGAAAUUAAAUUCACUUUUCGGCCUAUAAUUUGAGAGUAUUUUUGGCUAAAAACUAAUCAAAGUGAAGUAUUUGAAAGCUCAGCUUUUAUGGUGAAUAUUUUAGAUAAGUAUGAUUUUAAGAAUGUCAUAAUGUUUUGUGAAGCUAUCAAGCAUUAUUAAAAUAUACCAGCACUAAAUUUAAAACAAGACACUGGUAUAUAUUUUACUAUUGAUUGUUAACAACUAUUUUCAGCAAAAAACAAAUAUUCCUUUUUGUGGGGGACAUUACAUAUGCUUUGGGCAGUAGGUAAAGCAUAAACAGGUCAUUCCUUAAAAUUUGAAAUUGUGUCCAUAAUACAUUUCUACCACCAGCAGUGUAUUACUUAAAAACCAGGACUUCCUUUAAGUCUUCUUAAGGUUUUAGUGUAAUAGGCUUGAUAACAAUUGCCAUCAUUAUAUUUGUGUCUCAUGCUAAAUCUUUUGCUGAAUUAUAGGAAACUGAAUUUAUUUUUUAGAAUAUUACUGUAAGACUCAAUUAAAUAGUAACAAUUUAUAAAUUUUAAAGAAAGAAAAAAGCUCAUACUCCAUCAAAAAUUUAUUUAUUGGAUAGCAUUAAAAAGUUUUCAAGGCAGUUGAAACAAUAAAUAGUAAAUACCUUAAGAGGGAAGGAGGUAUUACAGUUUUGAUCCUCUUUACUUCAAGUGUGUGAUAUUUAUUAUAACGAAAGGGAUAAGACGCAUACUUAGAAAGUAGUACUUCAUUUUUACAGUAUUUUUUUUCCUUUGGGUCAAAAGUAGAAUAAAGUAUUCAGGAGAGUAUCAUAAUACCUGUUAAAAAUUGGUAUUUAUGAUAUUUUUAUUGUGUUUUGAAUUUUGCUUAGUUUUCAGGUAUAUUUGAUUUAUGUAGUCUAAUUAAUUUAGUUGAAUGUGGUAACAUUUUUCUGAUUUCUGUUUAGUGGUAGCACAGCCUAAAAUUGGGGGGAAAAAAAGGCCAGAGGAAACUUUCUGACCUUGAGAACUAGUUUUUUAUUAACUUCGUUCUGAACCUUUAUCUUAGUGGUUCUGCACCAGGAAAAGGGUAUAUUUUUUUCUUUUUCAUAGAUUCCAUAAUCAAGAACAUGAAAGAAAAGUAGAUAUGAAUGAAUAUGAAUGUUCUGUAGUGUGUAUUUGGUGACUGAAGUUAGGAGGAAUUUGGAAAAUACCAUUUUACCUAAAGCACACUUUGCUGAAAUUUCUGUCUUGAUUAUAUAGUUUAGCCAUAAAUACAAAACAUAGUUCUCUUAACUGUGUUCUGGGGGAAAAGCAUGUUUAAUUACUCCUCUAUUCAUUCUUAUUAUGAAGUUUAUCUUCUUAUAUCUUAAGAUCGGCUGGCUCAAUUUUCUUCUAUCAAA